AGCUGCGCAAAAAGCUGCGCAGUUGCCGUUUCUUCAAUCAUAAAUGAUCGAGGCGAAUGUUUUGAUGGAGUCUAUGGAUUAAAAAGCUCAUUUUCUGUGAUGUAAAUCACAAGUGCUGCAACGAACAGUGUCGUUUUAUGUGCUGCAACAGAUCUGAAACGAAUUGAGUUCGUUUACGCCAGAAACGGUCAGUUAAUUAAUAUCGUAGGCUGCGGCGGCCUAGCUAACGUUAGUUAGCGCUGCGAAGUUGGGACAGUCCUUUGAUUUAAUAAGCUCACUGAAAAGCUCUUUUUAGUCUUUGUGGCUAUAAUCAUCAAAGAUUAUCGUACCUUUAAUUGAAGUAAACUCGUCUGAAAGUGAGAACGGCUUCUCGACACCAAAUCAAAGGGAAGUGGUUAUCCAUGUCCACGAGUUCCUUCAGAUUAAUAAUCUUCAGUAACAUCAGCAAACAUGUCUUUAGUCGCUUAUGGCAGCAGUGAUGAGAGUGACUCAGAGGACACCUCAACUUCUUCCGCACCGGAGAGCAAAGCCAGCAUAGGUGGGCUCUUCUCACUCCUUCCUGCACCUAAAAAGCCAGGAUCGGUCGGAGGAAUCGGUGAACCAAGAAAGGAGACAAAAACGAUCCAUUCAGCAGGAGACAGCACGUCAAACGAUGACCUGGAUCCUCAGCCAUCUAAAGGAGGCUUACUGUCCAGUCUACCUAAACCGAAGAAGAGGACAGAGCCUGUCAAGAUCACCGUACCACAGAUCCUGAAACGGGAUUCAGACUCUGAUGAUGAUGAUGAACCAGCAAAGAAAAAACUACAACCUCAGGGUUCAGGCCUGUCCUCCCUUCUUCCCCAACCCAAAAACCUGACAGUAAAAGAGAUGGAUAGACCCCUGAUUCCUCACACACUCACCAAGCGCCAAGAACCCAAAGGACCCAAGCCUGGAGCCCCAGGUCAAGGUCUGCUUGGUUCUAGUGCAUCUCCCUCUGCUAUCAAAGCUGCAGCAAAGUCCGCCGCCCUGCAGCUAGCUAGACAAAUAGCCACUGAUGACCAGGACAACGAAGAGGACAUAACCCCACAGAACUACUUUUCUCUGGGCGAGAGCUCCCAGCCUCUCUCUGCGGUCGUCCCAAGCUUAGACCCUGAGCCAGGAGCCCCCGCAGAGCCUCUUCCUCUUGCACCUGCAGAUGAGCCAGGUCAGUCAGAUGCUCCUCUCGACUUUGGGGGGAACAGUGAGGGAGCUGGUCCAUGGGGAGGUCAAUACCCGCAGUAUCAGCAGCCCAUGCCAGGCCCAGAAGCUCUCCCUCAGGGGUAUUAUAAUGAGCCAUACUACCAAGAUCCUGACGCGGGAUUGGCAGAGGCUGAAGAGCCCGGCAACUCUGCUAUGUUUGAUGACGAAGCGUUUAUGCGGCUGCAAGGGAAACGGAACAGGGGCAAAGAGGAGGUCAAGUUUCUGGAGAUCAAAGGGGACGACCAGCUGAGCGGCAACCAGCAGUGGAUGACCAAGAGCAUAACAGAAGAGAAGCAGACCCGUCAGUCCUUCAGCAAGAAAAAAGGAGAGCAGCCUACAGGACAACAGCGACGCAAGCAUCAGAUAACAUAUCUCAUUCAUCAGGCAAAGGAACGUGAGUUGGAGCUGAAGAACAGCUGGGCAGACAACAAGCUAACCCGCAGACAGACACAGGCCAAAUACGGUUUCUAAAUGUCAUAUUGUGGACUCUUGGUGGCAUGUGGAAACCCUGCAUCAGAAAGUAGAGUAGAGCUUUCCAGAUUUCCCCUCGCAAAGGGAAGACUUGUGUUCGGGAAGAAACUAUACACACCUUUAUAACAGAUUUUUCCCUCCUUCCUGUAUUUGUGUUGAAUUGCUAUUAUUCAGUAGUUCUUUUGUUCGACCGUUUCUUACAGUGUCACUGCAGCCACAGCCGUUAAACCUCCUUUCACAGUAAUUUACACUUAAUACAUGCUCUAUACCUACAAAUAAAAAUACAACUGUUUUUAAGGUACCUGUGGCCAGUCAGUGGCAGACGUGUGUAACGUGACCCUCAAGUCGCCAUUAUAAAUGUUUUCCUUUGAAAGUGUGUGCUUCCUGUUCAUACAGUGAACGCAGAUGUGUGACUCCUUUUUGGUGUGUGGGAUAAAGACAGAUGACUCUACAAAACAGGUUUGGUUCUCUGGCAAAUGUUAUUUAAAAUGAUGCAAAUGAGAAAUGAACUGGAGUCAGUAGAAAGCUGUGACACGUUACAUAUUUAUUCGCUGAAUCAACUUUGUAUUAAGAAAUAAAGAUGUUGGAAUACACAUGCAGCAGUUGCUCCUAAUGACUCAUUAAAUUAAGGAUGUAAAACUUGUCUGUGUUGCUGUUCUUUCAUCCCUGUAUUUUUUAUUUACAUCACAUUCUUGCAUUGAAAACUCAAAGCUUUGAAAGAGCAUUUUUUUCUAAAUAUGUUUUACAUAAAUGAACUGCCAGAGAACCAAACAUGCAUUUCCCAUCCAGCUGGUUCUUUAACCAUCAGGCCAGAGAACCAUCUGAUUUUGACAUGAAACAGGAACCUCAGUUUUACCUGCUGCAUCCAACAUGCAUCUUACAAAUUCAGUUGUUUUCUCCUAAUUCCCCAUGAUGAGUCUUUUUAGUAGUGUGCCAUUGGCAGUGAUGCAACACAUUUAGCCAGACAAUACUCUAAAUGGCAAAUGCCUUCAUAUCAAGUUUAUGUUUUACAUUAGGUGGUUAAGAAGAGGCUGUAACUGUAUUUCUCUGUGCUGCUCCAAUUUUCGGAAAACUGUGCUGUAAAAAAUAAUCUGUGUAAGUGGCUUAUCCACUGCCAGAUAUAGGACUGUUCAGUGCGGUGAAACUAAAUCCUGCCACACUCUCCAGCUUAGGAGAAUAUUGCAAAAUUUCUGCUGUCUCUUGGAUUAGCACACCUAGCACUGGCCAAACAGCCAUCUCUGCAGGACACACCGCAAAAGCCAUGGUGACAGACACUCACAAUGGCGUGACGUUGACAAAUAGCCGACUGUCGGCUUGUGUCAGGGCCUUAAAAUUAAUCAGACAUUCACAGCACUCUUUGGUUAAUUACAUAUCUGUCUCUCGACCUCAGCAUGGUUCAUGUAGAAAUUUACGAAGCGUACAACCCACAUGUUGGCAUGCUGGGAAAAUCUUUUUGUUUACUCUAUACUUUUGUCAUGCAUAUUGUGCAGUUUAAAAUAAUGAAUAAAUCUUUUCCCUUCA